UCACCUCAAGUUACCCGGGGUCGCAGCUAUCAUUUAAGAGCCAUUCACCCUCUAUGGUGCACGGAAGAAUGGAUUCAAUAGCGAGGGAGCUGGACGCAGUGAGUAUAUCUAUGGUGGGUCUCCCGUCAUGAGCACAAUCGAUCGUCAUGCUCAUUUCGCCUCUAUUGCCUGCAUUUUCCUCGUCCAAAUUCUCGGGCUAUCAACUCGUUCAGGCGCUACCUCUGUUGUGACCGCGCCACACGAUACUGUUGCAUAUGUCCGCUUUAUUUCUUGUCGUUUUGGCUUGCUGCCCAAUAUCUCCUCGCUCGUUUCUUGUCGAUCCAGUGAGUAUUGCCAGUCGUGUCCGUCGUCAUGCCGGUCCGAUUUAGCGUCGAAGAAUACUCAACCUAUGCUCAAGUUUAGUCUUGUCGCUCCUAAAAGGAAGAAUGAACCGUGAUCACUUGACGAGCGCGAGUCUACAU